AUGUCGAAGGCUAUCGCUAAGAUGUUCGAGCCCAUGUUCGCGGCGUUUGCAAAGCGCUACCAGGGCUGGGUGGGCGCAGAGCUUUCGAAGUACGGGCUUCGAUACGACGAUCUCCUCGACGAGACGAUGAACCUGGACGUGGCUGAGGCUCUCAAGCGCCUCCCCCAGGAGGAGCGCGACCUGAGGAUGCAGCGCCUCAAGCGCGCCAUGGACCUCUCCAUGAAGCACGUGUACCUCGAUGCGGAGAUGCAGAAAAAGCAGACUCCUUUCAAGUGGUACAUCAAGCCCGUGCUGGAGGAGGUUGAGGCUGAGAGGGACGAGAGGGCAGCCCUGGGGACUGGGCAGCCGUAUAACAGGCAGAUCCCGUGAAAAGGCACAAGAUGCGGCGCGCCAACUCCGUGCUGCUCAGAUUUGUUUCUCGUUCAUUUGUAAAAUUACUUGAUUUCACGUG